AUGCAGUUUAUGUUGCUUUUUAGUCGUCAGGGAAAGCUUCGACUGCAGAAAUGGUAUGUCCCACUAUCAGACAAAGAAAAGAAAAAGAUCACAAGAGAACUUGUUCAAACCGUUUUAGCACGGAAGCCGAAAAUGUGCAGCUUUCUUGAGUGGCGAGAUCUGAAGAUUGUUUACAAGAGAUAUGCUAGUCUGUAUUUUUGCUGUGCUAUCGAGGAUCAGGACAAUGAACUAAUUACCCUGGAAAUAAUUCAUCGUUAUGUGGAAUUACUUGACAAGUAUUUUGGCAGUGUGUGUGAACUUGAUAUCAUCUUUAAUUUUGAGAAGGCUUAUUUUAUUUUGGAUGAGUUUCUUUUGGGAGGGGAAGUUCAGGAAACAUCCAAGAAAAAUGUCCUUAAAGCAAUUGAGCAGGCUGAUCUACUGCAGGAGCCACGUCAUGAAUAUUUUAAUGUCCCUGUGUACUAAAUGACUACUCAUCGUGUAUGCAGAAUUGCACAGAGGAAAUAGCAAGCUGAUAUACUUAUGAAAGAAAAUGCCCUCAGCUUGGUGACUAUCUUGUAUAAUAGAUCAUUUCAGAACCAAUACCUUUACAUUGUAAUUUUUUUCCUGUCAUUUCUCUUUUUCUGUUUGAUUUUCAUUCUAUAUGUAAUCUUGAUAUCGUUUAUUCCUGCUCUUAAGUGGUUUAAUUUCUUCUUGAAAUAUGACCUAUGAAUGUUUUGAGUAGUAUUUCACCUUAAACACGUACAUAUCCUCAUUUAUGAACCAUCUGUGAUUCAUCUUGUAAGAGGAAACUUAUAAAUCGUUAAAAUGUUUACCAAAGAACAUAUAGCAGAAAUGCUAUGGCAGAAUAGACAGUGCCAUAACACACAGUGUGACUUGGUCUUCAAAUAUUGGGGGCAAAAAGGAAGUCUAUUUAGUGUGACUAUAUUACAGGUCUCUACGAGCUAAUGUAUUCUAACGUAUCACAUAAAACUAUAUUUGGAAAUAAUUCAAGAAAGUAAAAUCUGUACUAUUACAUAAUAUUUAAGUGUAAAACAUUCACAGUUCUUAAGUUUGUAAUGCCACAUAUAUUGAAUCACAUUUGUGCUCCACAAUAUUGAACAGUCCCUUUAAGAAUGAUUAGAAAACUCUGCUAGAAGUCUCCUACAAAAAAAAAAAAAAGUCUCCUACAAUAUCUGUUGUUCAGUAGGAAAUAACGUUUUCAAAAUGUUAAUACUGAGUUUGUUUAUAUAGUUAAAAUUCUAAUACAGUUUAAAUACUAGUAUUUUACUACUUCUGGUUUUAUAAUAUAUUAAGUCUUCAUUUAAGUACUUAAUGAUUUGUUAACUAUAGUUUUAUAUUCUAAAUAUUAAGACUUUUAAUAUUGAUUAUUGUGUAUACUUUUAAAACGUGCAACUUAUUAUAAAAGGAAAGUAUCAAUUCAUUGCUUAUAUCUAAAAAGUUUAAAGCCUAAGUAAGCUAUCAUUCAACCAAUUCAAAAGAUGCUCACACAGGUUUCCCACUGAAAGACGACCGAUCCAAGUGUCUGUUAGGCAGGUGCGCAGACCAGUUCUUUCCAUGCUCGCUGUACUGCAUGGCAUUUGAAGCACCUGGACGGGCUAUCAAAUGACAAACUUAGCGUUAUACCUUGAAAGCAUUGGGAAACACUGGUCUUUCAUUUCCAUUUGUGUCCUCUGCCCCUCCCCCACCCAUGCAAUAUGUUAUUCAUCUGAUUUUAAUGCUGAAUAUGCAUUGUCUCCUGCCUGUUUGCUUUGGAUGCUUUGUGCUGAGCUGUAACAACACGUUGCUGCUUUUGUUAUUUGUAUACAGCUGCUUGCUUUAUGUUAGUAGAUUCUGAAAUCGCUUUUCUUGCACGUCUGAAAUAAAAGUAUUGCAUGUA